GAUGAACGGAUGAAUGGAUCAGUGGGUGCGUCUUCACUGAUGCUGUGAAUCCUGCCUGUGUCGAGUCUCCAUCAUCAUCUUCAUCACUGCAGUAAGAAGCAUCAGCAGCAUCAGCAGCACUGCUCGGAGUCACAGCAUCUCUCUGACAUUCUAUCUGCAUCAUCACAGCUGAAACACGGGAAGGAUCGAGGCUUUGCUGGAGAACCAGAGGACAUACACAAGUUUCCUCGCGAUGCUUCCUUUAUUUUUGUUCCUGGUCGCCCGCAUUGCCGCGUCCAUCCCACAUCCGACAUCCACGGGUGAAGUAUGUGAACCGGUUCCGUGUGAGAACGGUGCUGACUGUCCCAGUACACCAGCUGAAGAAAAUGUUUCCUCAUCAGGCUGGGAAGAGCAAUCUGAAAUCGGGAUCUGCCGCCCAAACCCGUGUCACAACGGAGGGGUGUGUGAGCUGAGUGAGACCUACCGCGGUGACACUUUUGUCGGAUAUUUGUGCAGAUGUCCACUUGGCUUCGAUGGUGUCCACUGCCAACACAAUGUUAACGAGUGCGAAAAAAAUCCUUGCAAAAAUGGAGGCAGCUGCACAGACCUGCGAGCGAACUACACCUGCCAAUGUCCUGGCGAAUACAUGGGGCGGAACUGUCAGUACAAAUGUUCUGGACCUUUAGGAAUGGAAGGGGGGAUCAUUUCGAACCAGCAGGUAACAGCUUCCUCCACACAUCGAGCUCUGUUCGGCCUGCAGAAGUGGUUCCCGUACUUCGCCCGACUCAACAAGAAGGGCCUCGUCAAUGCCUGGAGCGCAGCCGAGGGCGAUCGAUAUCCGUGGAUUCAGAUAAAUCUACAGCGCAGGAUGAGAGUGACCGGAUUGAUAACACAGGGUGCCAAGCGAAUCGGAAGCCCCGAGUAUGUGAAAUCAUAUAAAGUGGCGUACAGUGAAGACGGGAAGGCCUGGAGCAUGUUUAAAGUCAAGGACACAGAUGAGGACAUGUGGUACUGGUGGAUUUUUACUGGAAAUCCGAGCAUGUCUUUGCGUCAUUACGUCACAUCUGUACACAAAAAGAAGAGUCUGUGGAUCUGA